CAGACUUCCUAAAGAAAAAGUGGUAAAAUUGCAAAACAGUUGUAUUUUUAUUUUAAGUUCAAGAUGUCACUAAACAGGGAAUAAUUAUGGACGACGUUAGGUUUGAAUGGCUUCGAGACAAGGUCUACGGCGCCCUUGGUGUCGAAGAUCCCGAAGUGUUCGAGGAACUUUUGAACAGGGACGAUGGGGAAUGCGAGAGAAGUUUAGCCAAGUUUCUGAAUGAAACUCCCGAGGAGGGAAAAGCGGCCGCUAUUUUCUACAAGCGGUUGAGAGAAGAAGAAAUUGAGGUCGAAGUGGAAAUUGAACCCUCGGAGCUCGAUCCUACUCUUGAAGCCCUAAAUGAUGAGAACCUAGACGGUUUAGAUGGAACAGAUGGAGCCUUAUCAGCCCUGGAUGGCAGACUCACUGAGCAAACAAUCACACCUGCUGUGGCUGACACACCUGUUGAAGAAGAAAAGGGCAAAAAAAAGAAAAAGAAGAAGGGUAAGAAAGGAUUGUCAUCCGCCAAAGUAGAAGAGGAGCCACCUAAGGAAGAACCCAAGGAGCCAGAGGAGAUUAAACCUGAAGAUGGCAUCGACGGUGGAUUGGCGCCCUCCCCUGAGAGGGUACCACAAAUGAAAAUUAUCACCCAGACGAUUACACGAACGUUGCUCCACAUGUGCCACGGCAACGUGCCUGAUGAGGUGUGUGACAACGAUUGUAUAUACUUCCUACGUAACACUCCGGGGAUGGUGGAGCUACCCAACACCCUGGACGAAGCCAACAACACCUUGCCGUCAUUCUUUGAGUUUGGGGUGCUCAACGGAAGCACACUGACAAUGCUGGAACAUGUCAUCACACAGGUUUACAUUCCCCUGCUGUCAUUCAACUCUCACAAAAACGGCGAGGGAUCCCAGAUUGGUGACCAGCAGGCGGCUCUCUCCUCUACCUCCCAGGAAGACCUGGACGAGGAAUCCGACGACGAAGACCUCUCACAGAAACAAAAGCUCGUCGAGUCCCAGCACAGGGCCAUGCUCCGCGACGAGUUCCUCAUCAACAUGCAGAAGUUCGCCACGCACAUUGGUCGCACCAUCCAGCAGAUCGAGGGCGAGGUGCGCUUAGACAUCCCACAGAUGAACCUCGAUGGGGAUGUGGCCGAACUCGCCAAGGACGACAACCUCAUCCACAAGAUUGAAGCCGCCUGCCUCGAAUGGACAAAACAAAUCGCCAGUGCGCUCGAGAUCCAACUUAAGAAGACCCCGCAGGGGGACGGACCGUUAGCGGAAAUUGACUUCUGGCGCGAGAGAAACGCCGCCCUCAGCGCCUUAUCGGAGCAACUGAAACUACACAGCGUCAGGAAAAUGCUUGAGAUUCUCGCCAAGAGAGACACGAUGGGAGACCACGCCAUUCUUCAGAGUUUUGAGUUGAAUCGCUCAGAAUUGAACAAAUACCACGUGGAGGCCAAGGACAACGUGCGCUUCUUAAGUACCCUUGAGAGACACUUUAAGAACGUGACCCACGGUGCUAGCUUUCAGGUCGUCUUAGACACCCUACCCUCGAUGAUGAAUGCUCUACGUAUGGUCUGGAUUAUAUCGAGGCACUACAACCGCGAUGAGAGGAUGGUGCCGCUGAUGGAGCGUAUUGCGUGGGAGCUCGCAGAGCGCGUGGCGAAAGUCAUCAACAUUAGAACAAUCUUUAGAGAAACGCCCACCCAGAUUAAAGCCAGAACCCUUGAAGCCAAAAAGACCUUGGAACUGUGGAAGGAGUGCUACUUCGAGGUGCGAGCGAAGAUCGAGGCGUCAGGGCGGGACGCUAGGUGGGAGUUUGAUCGCAAGCGCCUAUUUGAGAGGACAGACUACAUGGCAAUGAUAUGUCAGGACAUCUAUGAUGUAGCACAGGUCUUGCAAGAGUUCUACCAUAUCUUUGGGCCCGAGCUGAAGUCAGUGACUGGUGAUCCACAACGUAUUGAGGAUGUCCUGAAGAGAGUAGAUGGACUCGUUGAGCCAAUUCAAGAUGUGAGCUUUGACCCCUUCGGCCUGAAGCACCAGCUCCAAUGGCGCAAAGUCAUGGAGUGGUUCAACAAAGAGGUGGCAGCCAUCGAGGAAGAAGCCAAACACUUCAUCAAUGAAUCUUUCAAGACGCUGCGCUCAGCUGAGGGAGCUUUCGACAUGCUGCUCAAAUUUAAGAACAUCCGCUCCCGAGAGGCGAUUAAUUCGCAGAUGAUGAAGAAGUUCAACGACAUCCUGUUGCAAUAUGGAAAAGAGGUGGAUACAGUCAACUCCUUGUUCAAGCAGCAUCAGGACAACCCGCCCGUCUCUAAGAACCAGCCGCCAGUAGGUGGGGCUAUUGCCUGGGAGCGCUCACUGUUCCACCGCAUCAAGCACACCAUCAUCCGCUUUCAGAGUAUGGAGGAUUUACUGACCAGCGAAUAUGGGAAAGCGGCGAGGAGCAAAUACCUGGGUGUUGCGAGGCAGAUGCGCGAGUACGAGGAGAAGAAGUACGAGCAAUGGAGGGAGUACGUUGAGGGCAUCCUUCCAGGGCUACUCAAGAGGAAUCUCCUGACGAAGCCGACCGCCACCAUGGCCAUCAUCCCUGUCUCUCACAGUGAAGGGGAUGGGACUGAGGGUAGCUCAGCCAGCAAUCAUGCCAUGCAGGGCAGGGAGGUGAAAUACGUUGUUGAUUUUGCAACGGAGCUGUCAGAGAUCAUCGUCGAGACUAAAUAUAUGGAGCAGCUGAGCUUCAACAUACCAGAGCUGGCUCGAAAUGUAGCCCUUCAGGAGGACAAGUAUCUGAGAUGGAAUGACGGAUUAAGACACAUGCUGGGUAGAUACCACUCAGCCAUCAGCUUCAUCAAUAAUGCAGAGACUCAACUUCUUGAUGAGCACCUGAAGGACUUAAGACGAACGCUGAAAUCCGGCCACAAACGUCUCAACUGGAACUCUCUAGGAAUCACAGAUUACAUCACACGCUGUGAACAGGCAAUCUCCAAGUUUGAGUCCCUGGUCAAUCAGAUCCAGAAGAAUGCCAAGGACAUUGAUGCUCGGCUCAAGGCAGUGGAACAAGCUGAUCUCUUCAAGGGACCCCCAAGUCAGAUGAACGGUGAAAUCUUACCAGGUUGCAAGGAAUACUUUGACCACAUCGAGAGAGAGCGCAUGCACACGUUUGAGCAGCUGGCCAGGAAGUACCGAGCCAUCGGCCCACUCCUGACUAAGAUGGAAGGUCUGGUUGUACACACCAAUACGGGCAGGUCACCACGCCUGCAGGCUUACUACGGCUACUGGGAAAUGAGGGUGUACGCUUCCCUCACGAAGUUGAUUACUCGUAAUAUGUCGGAGUUUAACACGGCAGUGACCUCCAACAAGCCGCUGUUCCAGAUCGACGCCAUGCUGACAGCACCAGAGAUCAUUCUAGCGCCCGCUGCCAAUGAGAUCUACAAACUCACCAUGCAGAGUGUCAGAGACUGUGUAGAAGGGUCCAAAAACUUUGUGCGUUGGAUGCACGGCACCUGCAUCGAGACAGCUCCUCAGAAUGUCGAGGGUGAAGACGAGCCGUUCAUCUUCAGUUUCUUCUCAGACAUCUCAGCUGACGGCACCAUCAUUGACCUGGUGGUACAGGCGUCCAAUCUAAUGCAGAAGACGCUGACCAACCACACCAAGCACCUCAACAGAUGGAAGCGAUAUCGGCCAUUAUGGAAGCUAGACAAGACCAUCAUGCUAGAGAAAUUUGCUAGCAAGAAACCAACCUGUGUGGCCUAUGAUGACAAACUGCAGUUCUAUUCCAACUUGGCCAAAGAGGUGGAGAACCAGCCGAAGAUUAAGGACCAGGACUGUAUCCGCCUACACAUGGGACUCUUGGCUGACACUGUCAGAAACCACGCUAAGAAAUGGGUUGAGUCACUGGGGACUCUACUCAAAGACACAGCUAGUGAGGAGCUCCAUGCUCUCAAGACAGAGUUACAGACCCUAUCAACAGACCUCAAGAAGACUCCGAACACCCUGGAAGAUCUCAAGUUUGUCCUGCGCAUCAUCUCGGACAUCAAGGACAUGUCGCUGGACGUUGAGAUGCGAAUCACGGACAUCGUGGAGCGUUACCGCACCCUAGAGAUGUACAAGAUAGAGGUCAGCGACGAAGAGAAGGAGACGUGCCGGAACUUCAAACUGAUGUGGGAUGAUCUGUUCUUGGAGUCUAAACACGUGGAUGCGAGCCUGAUUGUGGUCAAGAAGAAAUUCACUGAGAUUACCCAAGAUCAGAUCAGCAAUUUCAGUACCGAGUUAAAUAGUUUCCAGAGCAAAUUCAGACUAGAAGGGCCAGGAGCUGUGGGGAAUAACUUGGACAAAGGCGUUGAGCUGAUGGAGGCGUUUAAGAGGGAGCUGUCCAUCUACGAGAAAGAUCGCCAAGAGCUCGCCAACGCUGAGAAGCUCUUUGAUCUGUCAAUCACCAUGUACCCUGAACUCCUCCAAGUACAGAAAGAGAUGACUGGACUGGAUAAGAUCUAUGAAAUCUACAAACAGCAGAAGGCUGCCCGUGAGGAGUGGGCUCAGACCCUCUGGGCAAACCUGAACGUCAGCCAUCUAGUGGACGGUAUCGACACUUUCAUCAAGGGCCUGAAGAAACUACCCAGAGAGGUGAAGAGUACUUCCACUGCUCACAUGGUAGAGGGGCGCAUGAAGGAAUUCAAAGAUGCCAUCCCGCUGUUUGUGGAUCUGAAGAACGAGGCGCUUAGAGAAAGACAUUGGAAGGAGUUGAUGCAGAAGACAGGCAAGUCAUUUGACAUGAACCCAGACACCUUCACCUUGGAGAACCUGUUUGCGAUGGAGCUGCAUAACUACAAAGACGUCAUUGGGGAUAUUGUCACCAGCGCCUCUAAGGAAUUGAGUAUUGAAAAGGGCAUCAAGGAAGUGAGUGACGUCUGGGACAACAUGAAGUUCAACGUCAACAAGUACAUGAAGGGCACCCAGGAGAGAGGGUACAUCCUAGGGGCGGUGGACGAGGUCCUGCAGAACCUGGACGAUAACUCCAUGAACCUACAGAGCAUGUCCGCAUCUCGAUUCAUCGGUCCCUUCCUGAACACCGUCCAGACCUGGGAGAAGAGUCUGUCACUCAUUGGGGAAGUUCUGGAGGUUUGGAUGGUUGUACAGCGUAAAUGGAUGUACUUGGAGAGUAUCUUCAUCGGUGGUGACAUCAGAUCCCAGCUGCCUGAAGAGGCCAAGAAGUUUGACGCCAUCGAUAAGACAUUCAAGAAGAUCAUGCAAGACACAACGGCCAACCCCCGCAUCAAGGAUGCCUGCCACGUCCCCAACCGCCUGCAGGAUCUAGAGAUGAUCAGUACGGGUCUGGAGCGAUGCCAGAAGAGUCUCAACGACUACCUGGACUCCAAGAGGAAUGCCUUCCCAAGGUUCUUCUUCAUCUCGGAUGACGAGCUGCUCUCCAUCUUGGGAAGCAGUGACCCAACCUGCGUUCAGGAGCACAUCAUUAAGAUGUAUGACAACAUCGCCUCACUGCGUCUACAAGAAGGCAACAACAAGGAGACUCUGGUGUCUGCCAUGGUGUCGGCCGAGGGUGAAGUGAUGGAGUUCCGACAGAACAUCCCGGCCGAAGGACGCGUAGAGGACUGGAUGACCAACGUCCUGGUAGAGAUGAGACGAACCAACAGGCUAAUUACUAAGGAGGCCGUCUUUACAUACUGUGCCGAUAACAUCGACAGGGUGCAAUGGAUGUACAAGUAUCAGGGUAUGAUCGUCCUAGCCACUAACCAGGUCUGGUGGACGUGGGAAGUAGAAGACGUCUUCAAUAAGGUGAUCAAGCUAGGAGAUAAGAUGGCGAUGAAGAAGUACGCCAAGAAGAUGCAUCAACAGAUCAACGAUCUUGUGGUUCAGGUGCGAUCCCCUUUGUCCAAUAAUGAUCGUAAGAAGUACAACAGUGUCCUGAUCAUUGAUGUACAUGCCAGAGAUAUCAUCGAUGGCUUCGUCAGAGACAGUAUCUUAGACGCCAGGGAGUUUGAAUGGGAGAGCCAGCUGCGAUUCUACUGGGACAGGGAACCAGACGAGCUGAAUGUCAGACAGUGUACGGGAACCUUCGGCUAUGGUUACGAGUACAUGGGACUGAACGGUCGGCUGGUCAUCACACCGCUGACCGACAGAAUCUAUCUUACACUUACUCAGGCUUUGUCCAUGCAGCUUGGUGGUGCUCCUGCAGGCCCAGCGGGUACUGGGAAGACUGAGACCACUAAGGAUCUAGCCAAGGCAUUGGGUCUUCUCUGUGUUGUCACGAACUGUGGUGAGGGUAUGGAUUACAAGGCGGUUGGUAAGAUCUUCUCGGGUCUAGCUCAGUGCGGCGCCUGGGGAUGCUUUGAUGAGUUCAACCGUAUCGACGUCUCUGUCCUGUCAGUCAUCUCCUCCCAGAUCCAGACCAUUAGGAACGCUCUCAUUCACAACCUCAAGAAGUUCCAGUUUGAAGGCAAUGAAAUCACCAUGGACAAUCGUAUGGGUAUUUUCAUCACCAUGAACCCUGGCUACGCUGGACGUACCGAGCUACCAGAGAGUGUCAAGGCCCUGUUCAGACCCGUCGUCGUCAUCGUACCGGAUCUCGGUCAGAUCUGUGAGAUCAUGUUGUUCUCUGAGGGAUUCAUUCUUGCCAAGGUCCUCGCUAAGAAGAUGACAGUUCUGUACAAGCUGGCCAAGGAACAGCUCUCCAAACAGUACCAUUAUGACUUUGGACUGCGUGCCCUCAAGUCUGUACUGGUCAUGGCCGGUGAGCUCAAGAGAGGAUCCCCAGAUCUGUCUGAGGAUGUAGUGUUAAUGAGAGCUCUACGUGACAUGAACCUCCCCAAGUUUGUCUUUGAGGAUGUACCCCUCUUCCUGGGUCUCAUCUCGGAUCUCUUCCCUGGGUUAGACUGCCCUCGUGUGAGAUAUCCCAAUUUCAACGACGCCGUGGAGGCAGCGCUGACUGAACAGAAUUACAUUAUGCUUGACCACCAGGUUGACAAAGUAGUACAGAUGUAUGAGACGAUGUUGACUAGACACACAACAAUGGUGGUUGGACCAACUGGUGGUGGCAAGACUGUGGUUAUCAAUGCACUUGCACAGGCACAAACGAAGCUAGGCAUUCAAACCAAACUGUACAUCAUGAACGCCAAGGCCAUGAGCGUGAUCGAGCUGUACGGUAUCCUAGACCCGGCCACCCGCGACUGGACGGACGGUCUCCUCUCCAACAUCUUCCGCGAGAUCAACCGACCGACGGACAAGAACGAGCGCAAGUACAUCGUGUUCGACGGGGAUGUCGACGCCCUGUGGGUGGAGAACAUGAACUCUGUGAUGGACGACAAUAGACUGUUGACUCUGGCUAAUGGAGAGAGAAUCAGGCUGCAGAAACACUGCGCUCUGCUCUUUGAGGUGUCUGAUCUUCAGUACGCCUCCCCCGCCACUGUCUCCCGUUGUGGUAUGGUCUUUGUCGACCCCAAGAACCUCGGCUACAUGCCGUUCUGGCAGAAGUGGAUCAACAGCCGCGCCAGCAAGACGGAGCAAGAGGACCUGAUGAGGAUGUUCCAGAAGUACGUCCCUGGGGGCAUCGAGCUGAUCUUAGAGGGCAUGUUGGAUGGAAAGCCAGGGGACAAACUGAAGAUGAUUGUCCCACUGACUAAUCUCAACAUGGUGACCCAACUAAGCAAGAUGCUGGAUGCGUUGAUCACCAAGGAGCAAGAAUCGGACGUCUUGGAAGCCAUCUUCAUCCAGGCCCUCUACUGGUCACUAGGAGGUUCCCUCAUCGAGGAGAGCCAGGUCAAGUUCGACGGCUACGUCAAAUACAUCGCCUCGAUGCCGACCAUCACGGAUGAAGCGGCAGAUGCUGGGCCUGGGGAGCUACCUGGUCAGCUGGACUCUAUUUAUGAAUAUUUCUUUGACCAGGAAAAGAAGAAGUGGAUCCCCUGGUCCAGACUGGUCCCCAAGUACAUCCACGAUCCGGAGAGGAAGUUCUACGAGAUCCUGGUCCCUACCCUGGACACGGUGCGCAACACCUGGCUACUGGAGCUCAUGGUUCACACUAAGCAGCCAGUCCUCUUCGUCGGUGAUACCGGUACCUCAAAGACGGCCACCAUUCAGGACUUCCUGAGAAACAUCGAUCAGGAGACAAAUCUGAUCCUAAACAUCAACUUCUCAUCAAGAACCACCUCCAUGGAUGUCCAGCGUAAUCUAGAGGCCAAUGUUGAGAAGCGUACUAAGGACAUGUACGGCCCACCCCCUGGUCGUCGUCUACUGGUCUUCAUGGAUGACAUGAACAUGCCUCAGGUUGAUGUUUACGGCACCCAGCAGCCCAUAGCUUUAUUGAAGCUCCUCCUGGAACGAGGCGGGAUGUAUGACCGUGGCAAAGAUCUGAUCCUCAAGUACAUCAAGGAUAUAGGAUUCAUCGCUUCUAUGGGAAAGGCUGGCGGAGGUCGUAACGAGGUCGACCCCCGCUUCAUCUCCCUCUUCUGCACCUUCAACAUCACCUUCCCGUCGGACGCCUCCCUCAAGCACAUCUACUCCUCCAUCCUGGCCGGCCACGCCCAGCCCUUCGACGAGAACAUCCAGAAGAUCACCGACAAGAUCACCCAGGGGACCCUCGACCUCUACAAGGUCAUCGUCAACGACCUCCCGCCAACCCCGUCCAAGUUCCACUACAUCUUCAACUUGCGCGAUCUGUCCCGGGUUGCGCAGGGUCUGUUGCAGACCACGCCCGAUCGCUUCACGACUGUGGGGCCGUUCGUCCGAGUGUGGAGGAAUGAAUGCUUGAGGGUGUUCUUCGACAGACUGACGAAUAAGGAAGACAAGGUCUUGGUUCAGGGUCACAUGAAGAACGUGAUUGAGGAGCAUUUUAAGGAGCAUGUAGAGAGCGCUAUGCAGGAACCUCUACUCUUCGGUGACUAUCGUACUGCACUAGAUGAGGGUGAAGCUCGACUCUAUGAAGAUAUACAAGAUUAUGAGGCAGCAAAGGCCCUCUUCCAAGAGAUCUUAGAGGAGUACAACGACAACAAGACCCCGAUGAAUCUGGUGUUGUUUGAAGACGCUCUGGAUCACUUGACCCGAGUUCACCGGGUCAUCCGCAUGGACAGAGGUCAUGCCCUCCUGGUUGGUGUCGGUGGAAGUGGCAAGCAGAGUCUGACCCAUCUAGCCUCCUUCACUGCCGGCUGCGAGGUCUUUGAGAUCAAACUCAGCCGCGGCUACGACGAGUCCAGCUUCAGAGAUGACCUCAAGGUCCUCUACAACAAGCUCGGCAUCGAGAGGAAGAAGACGGUCUUCCUGUUCACCGAUCAGCACGUCGCUCAGGAGAGCUUCUUGGAGCUGAUUAACAACAUGCUCACCUCGGGUAUGGUGCCAGCUCUCUUCCCCGAUGAUGAGAAGGAAGCCAUCGUCGGCCAGAUGCGGACGGAGGCAACUAAGGCUGGCUGCCCGCCGACACGUGAGAGCAUCUGGCAGUACUUCAUCAAUAAGUGCGCUAAUAAUCUUCACAUCGUCUUGGCGAUGUCGCCGGUGGGUGAGACUCUGCGGACGAGAUGUCGUAACUUCCCUGGACUUGUCAACAACUGUAGUAUUGAUUGGUUUAUGCCCUGGCCGGUCCAGGCGCUGACUGCUGUGGCCUCGGUGUUUCUUGGCAAUGAAGAUAUCAAGAGCAUACCAGACGAACACCGCGAUUCCGUCGUCAAACACGUGGUGUUCGUUCACAAGUCAGUGGGUGAUUACAGCGUGCAAUUCCAGCAGAAGCUACGUCGUAAUAACUACGUCACCCCUAAGAAUUAUCUGGACUUCAUCAACACCUACCUGAAGCUACUCGACGAUAAGGAUGAAUACAUUCUCUCGCAGUGCAAGCGUCUUGAAGGUGGUAUGGCCAAGCUAGCAGAGGCCAGCGUCCAGCUAAAUGAGCUAAACGAGAAGCUGGCAGUGCAGAAGGUGGCCGUUGGAGAGAAGACAGAAGCCUGUGAGAUACUCCUAGGAGAGAUCUCAUCCAGGACGGGGAAGGCUACCGAUAAGAAACAGGCUGCUGAGGGCAAGAGUAAAGAAAUCGAGGAGCAGAGUGUUGUCAUUGCUGUGGAGAAGAAAGAUGCAGAGGAGUCUCUGGCUGAAGCCCUGCCUGCCUUAGAAGCUGCUCGCAUCGCUUUACAAGACUUGGAUAAGUCAGACGUCACUGAGAUUAGAGCUUUUGCUAAGCCUCCGAAGCUUGUGCAGAUGGUGUGUGAGUGUAUCGUGGUGUUACGUGGCAUCAGGGAGGUAUCAUGGAAGUCAGCAAAGGCGAUGAUGGCCGAGGCAAACUUCCUGAAGUCACUUACCGAGAUGGACGUGGAUGGAAUUGGACAGACGCAGGUCAAGACAGUUCGAGGUUUCUUGAAGGACAUGGACACAACAGCUGAGGAGAUGAAGUCAGUUUCUCGCGCCGGAGCCGGUCUCUUUAAGUUUGUGUUUGCUGUGAUGGGUUACUGCUCGGUCGCCAGGGAAAUUAAGCCCAAGAGAGAAAAGGUGGCAAGGUUGGAGCGUACUUUCUACCAGUCCAAACGAGAAUUGGACCGCAUCAACAACGAGGUGAAGUCUCUGGAGGAUGAGCUGUCUGGCCUAGGCUCCAAGUACGAGGGAGCCAUGACGGGGAAACAACAGCUGCAGGAAGAGGCUGAGAUCAUGGAACGACGAUUGGUCGCCGCUGACAAGCUCAUCUCUGGAUUGGGCUCGGAAAAUGUCAGAUGGACCAAGGAUCUUGAGGAGCUUCGUCAGCGCCGCAUCCGUCUCCUCGGAGACUGCCUCAUCUCCUCAGCGUUCCUUAGCUAUGUAGGAGCCUUUACCUGGGAGUAUCGUGCUAAGAUGGUCUACAAGGAUUGGCAGGAGGACGUACUGGAGAGGUCGAUUCCACUCAGCCAACCCUAUAGGCUGGAGAGUCUGCUGACUGAUGAUGUGGAGAUAAGCAGAUGGGGUUCAGAGGGUCUGCCACCAGACGAGCUCUCAGUCCAGAACGGUAUCCUGACUACCAGAGCCAGUCGCUUCCCACUGUGUAUUGAUCCACAGCAACAGGCAUUGAACUGGAUCAAGAAGAAAGAAGAGCAAAACAACCUCAAGGUGUGCACAUUCAACGAUCCUGAUUUCUUGAAGCAGUUGGAGCUGGCCAUCAAGUAUGGCUUCCCGUUCCUCUUCCAGGAUGUGGAUGAAUAUAUUGACCCUGUCAUUGACAAUGUCUUAGAGAAAAACAUCAAAGGUGCUGCUGGGCGUGAGUUCAUCAUACUCGGAGACAAGGAGGUAGACUAUGAUCCUAACUUCAGACUGUACCUCAACACCAAGCUGGCUAACCCCAAGUACACCCCGUCAGUCUUUGGUAAAGCCAUGGUCAUCAACUACACUGUCACACUCAAGGGUCUUGAAGACCAACUCCUCAGCGUCAUCGUGGGCUUCGAGCGCAAGGAACUGGAGGAACAACGAGAACGUCUCAUCCAGGAGACCAGCGAGAAUAAGAAACUUCUGAAAGAUCUUGAAGACUCUUUGCUCCGUGAGCUGGCGACAUCGACAGGCAACAUGUUGGAUAACGUAGAGCUUGUACAGACGCUGGAGGAAACCAAAUCCAAAGCCACAGAGGUUGCAGACAAACUGAAGCUCGCCGCCAAGACGGCCAUCGACAUCGACAAGCUACGUGACGGCUACCGGCCAGCCGCUAAGCGCGGUGCCAUCCUCUUCUUUGUCCUCUCUGAGAUGGCUCUGAUCAACACCAUGUACCAAUACUCCUUGGCUGCUUACCUGGAUGUCUUCCAGUUCUCCCUGAAGAAGAGUCUUCCGGACUCCAUCUUGGUGAAGAGGUUGAGGAACAUCAUGGACACACUGACACAUAAUGUUUAUAACUACGCUUGUACUGGAUUGUUUGAGAAGCACAAGCUGCUCUUCUCGUUCCAGAUGACCAUCAAGCUGGAGCAGAGCGAGGACCAGCUGCCCCAGGACGAGUUGGACUUCUUCAUCAAGGGGAACCUCUCCUUAGAGAAGAGCAAACGUGCCCGGCCUCACAUGUGGAUCCCCGAGCAGGGAUGGGAGGACAUCAUCAAGUGUUCCCAGAUGGCCGACGUCUUCUCGACGCUACCGGACGAUGUUGAGAAGAAUAACACAAUGUGGAAGGAGUGGUACGAUUUAGACACUCCCGAGGAGAGCCCCUUCCCGGGUAAAUACAAAGACACCCUCUCCGAGUUCCAACGCCUCCUCCUACUCCGCUGUUUCCGUAUCGACCGCGUCUACCGCGCCGUCACCGACUACGUCACCUCUCGCAUGGGAGAGAAGUACGUCACACCACCGGUCAUCAGCUUCGAGUCGAUCUUUGAGCAGAGUACGCCUUUCUCCCCGAUUGUCUUUAUCCUGAGUCCUGGUUCCGAUCCCGCUAGUGAUCUGACGAAGCUGGCGGAGAGGUCAGGGUUCGGGGGUAACAAGCUGAAGUUCCUUUCCAUGGGACAGGGCCAAGAAAAGGUUGCUCUUCAACUUCUUGAGACGGCUAUCGCCCGCGGCCAGUGGCUCAUGCUUCAGAACUGUCAUCUUCUCGCCAAGUGGCUACGAGACCUGGAGAAGGCACUGGAGAGGAUCGUCAAGCCACAUCCUGACUUCAGGCUGUGGCUGACCACCGAUCCAACACCGGCUUUCCCCAUCGGUAUCCUGCAGAGGUCACUCAAGGUGGUGACAGAACCGCCCAACGGUCUGAAGCUCAACCUCCGCAGUAGCUACCAUAAGAUCUCCGCCCAGGUCCUUGAAGACUGCCCUCACAACGCCUUCAAGCCUCUAGUCUUUGUCCUUGCCUUCUUCCACGCUGUCGUCCAGGAGCGCCGAAAGUACGGCAAGAUUGGCUGGAACGUGCCAUAUGACUUCAACGAGUCUGACUUUAGAGUCUGUAUGGAUAUCCUGAUGACGUACCUGACUAAGACGUUCGAGCAGGGAGACCCUAAGAUACCCUGGAACAGUCUGAAGUAUCUUAUUGGUGAGGUGAUGUACGGGGGCCGUGCCAUCGACAACUUUGACCGGCGUGUUCUUAAUACCUACAUGGAUGAGUACAUGGGUGACUUCAUCUUCGAUGCGUUCCAGCCGUUUCACUUCUACAGUAAUAAGGAGGUAGACUACUGCAUCCCUGAGAUUGGUCCCAAGGAUAACUACAUACAGGCCAUAGAGAUACUGCCGUUAGCCAACACACCAGAGGUAUUUGGGCUUCACCCCAAUGCUGAGAUUAACUACUACACCCAGGCAGCCAGGGACAUGUGGGCUCAACUGGUGGAGCUCCAACCGCAAACAGGCGAAACCGGCGCAGGGAUCAGCCGAGAGGACUUCAUCGCUAACAUCGCCUCGGACAUCCAGGGUAAGCUUCCAGCGCAGUUUGAGCUGGAUAAGAUCCGCAAGAAGUACGGCCUCGAGAUCUCUCCGACCACCGUGGUGCUUCUACAAGAGUUGGAACGCUUCAAUAGGCUGAUCGCACGCAUGGCUAAAUCACUGGCUGAACUUCAGAGGGCUCUUAAAGGUGAAGUUGGAAUGAGCAGCGAGCUUGACGAUGUCGCGAGGGCGCUCUUCAAUGGCCAGAUCCCCAAUAUAUGGCGCCGUCUGGCCCCAGACACACUCAAAGGUCUGGGCAACUGGAUGCUUCAUUUCCAGAAGCGUUUUACUCAGUACACCACUUGGGUCAACGAGAGUGAGCCACCUGUUAUGUGGCUGAGUGGUCUCCACAUCCCAGAGUCCUACCUGACUGCCCUGGUGCAGGCAACCUGCCGUAAGAACGGUUGGCCCCUGGAUAAAUCCACCCUGUAUACUGCCGUGACCCAGUACAUGACCCCUGAUGAGGUCAGUGAGCGCGCUCACUCUGGUUGCUUUGUGACUGGUCUAUACCUAGAGGGAGCCUCAUGGUCCAAGGAAGAUUGCUGUCUCUCUAGACCCAAACCCAAACAGCUCAUUGAGGAGCUUCCCAUCUUGAAAGUCAUUCCCAUUGAGGCUCAUCGACUCAAGCUUCAGAACACAUUCCGUACACCUGUCUACACCACGUCACAGCGGCGUAACGCCAUGGGUGUAGGGCUGGUGUUUGAAGCAGACCUGGGUACAUCAGAGCACAUCUCCCACUGGGUCCUACAAGGGGUGUGCCUCGUACUCAAUACGGACUAGAGAAAAGUGUCUUGAGGCAACCCUUCACAGGCAACUUGUCCGCAACCAACGCAGUGCAUGCUGCAGGACCACCUUGGUAUAGCAUAGGAGUAAUUUUUCAAACAAUGUUUUUACGAUCGCAAAGUAAAAUGUGAACAUUCAGAUGUGAAUGCCUUUUCAUCUUUGAGAUUGCCUGGACAUGGUUGCCUGUAAUUUGGUAAAUACGUUGUACUUGCUAAAAUAAUUUUCGUCUCCUGAGACGAAAAUUAUUUUUAAAUUUGUU